CAGAUGUACUUAAAUCAGUUGUGAUUACCGACAUCUCCCAAAAGUAGUUAUUUUAUAUACACGUUUAUCCAAUCACGUUAAGUGCGUGGUCCAUAAGCUAUUAAUUUUGUUCUCCUCAAACUACCUUUUUAUAGAUAAUUCGCAUCUCACUCACUCUUCAUUUCUAUUUCCAAUUCCAAUUCAAAAGUGAUGGCAACUGAAAUAAGCAGUACCAUAAAAGCUUGGACUUACUCAGAAUAUGGCAACUCCGUUGAUGUUCUAAAAUUUGAUCCAAACGUGGCCUUACCUGAUGUGAAAGAUGAUCAAGUGCUUAUCAAAGUCGCUGCUGCUUCCCUUAAUCCCAUUGAUUAUAAGAGAAUGGCAGGCGGUUUCAAAGCCUCUGACUCUCCUUUACCAACUGCUCCAGGGUAUGAUGUAGCUGGAGUUGUGGUUAAGGUAGGGAGUGAAGUGAAGAAAUUUAAGGUUGGCGAUGAAGUUUAUGGUGAUAUCAAUCCCAAUGCUUUGGAACAUCCAAAGGUGAUUGGUUCACUGGCAGAGUAUACUGCUGCAGAAGAGACAGUGUUGGCUCACAAGCCGAAAAAUCUCAGUUUUGCCGAAGCUGGUAGUCUUCCUUUAACAAUUGAGACUGCUUAUGUAGGCCUUGAACUAGCUGGCUUCUCUGCUGGUAAAUCCAUACUUGUGCUUGGUGGUGCUGGUGGAGUUGGAACCCAUAUCAUUCAGCUUGCCAAGCAUGUCUUUGGCGCUUCCAAGGUAGCAGCUACAUCUAGCACCAAGAAACUAGAACUGUUGAGCAAGUUAGGAGCUGAUUUACCUAUCGAUUACACAAAGGAGAACUUUGAAGACCUGCCUGAAAAGUUUGAUGUGGUAUAUGACACAGUAGGCGAAACUGAGAAGGCAUUCAAGGCUCUGAAAGAAGGCGGCAAAGUUGUGACAAUUGUACCACCAGGAUUUCCACCAUCAAUAUUUUUCAUACUCGCUUCUAAUGGUGCUAUCUUAGAGAAACUAAAUCCUUACUUGGAGAGUGGAAAGGUGAAGCCAGUGCUUGACCCCAAGAGCCCAUUUCCAUUUUCUCAAUCUGUUGAAGCAUUUUCCUAUCUGGAAACUGGUAGAGUUACUGGAAAAGUAGUUAUUCAUCCCAUACCAUGAAGUUCAACAUAGUUACAUGACACGACAAACCAAUACAAUCUUCACAAUUUAAUGUAUGUUUGUGUUUGCGUUUGUGACUAAGUAUUUUUGUAUGAUCUUUACUUUGAGUGUGGGUGCAUACAUAGUAGAUUAAUCAUCUCUUCUCAGUGUGCUAUUGAAAAAUGUACCAUAGUUUGUCCUUUAUAAUUAAAUUGUUGCAAGGACUUGAAGAUGGUUCAGUCUUCCUUUGGAUUUGUAUUUGGUUUGGGGUUGAAAAAUGAAAGUAUGCUGCAUUUGUCUUUUCUGUA